UCCGAGCGAGCUGGGCUGGCUGCCUAUUGAUUGGAAAACAACGGGCUGUAGGAGGACAGAUAAGGGUGGCUGUGGGCUAACGGGUGAGGGAAGGGAUACAGACCAAAGCUCACACCACACUGCCAUCUUUACCUCACUGAUUUCUCCUCUCUCUCUGUCUUUUUACCCCGGAAUGAAUGUGACUACUGCUGCUCAUCACUGGGUUUUGCUGUGAAGGGAGGUGCCAGUUCUCCUCUGAGAAGAUCCUGCCUACACACCAAGCCAGAACAAGAAACGGCUCCUCUGACUGCAGGACUCACACAUUAACUCAACAGGGGACACUAUGGAAGCCCCUCUUGUGUGCUUAGAUGAGGAGUUUGAGGACCUCCGGCCCUGUAGGAUGGAUGAGAUGGACCAAAGCCUUGUCAACCACUCCUCCUACUCCACCACUACCACCACCACCACUGUCCCCCUGGCCUCCAUCACCCGUGAGGACUUCUCCGAACUGGAAAACUUCUCUGAGAUGAUGAGCUUCAAGUCAAUGGAGGACCUAGUGAACGAGUUUGAUGAGAAGCUCAACGUGUGCUUCCACAAUUACAACACCAAGACGGAGGGCCUGGCACCUAUACGCAACCAGUCACACAACCAGGAGGAUGAGGAGCGACUGCAAGAUGAAGAUGUGUGGGAUGCUCUAACUGACAACUACAUCUCCACCUGGGACGGCACUGGCUCAGAAGGACUCAACGGCAAUAUUUCUGACCAGGAGGUCAUUGAGGAGAUAGUUGAAAUGAUGGAGAAUUCUCCAGAUCCUGGUGAAACUGAGGAGGAGGAUGAAGAAGAGGUCAGUCACUGCUCCACCAGGACCAGUUCGUCCCUGCUAGAGGAGAUCAGGCAGCUGUCACAGGCUUCAAACAACAACUGCUCCUAUGAGGGCCUGAGCCUGAUGCCCAGCUCAGCACUUGUUGAACUGCUGCACCGGGUGGAAGUCGCCAUCCGUGAGUACUCAGAGGAGCUUGUCAGCCAGCUGGCUCGUCGUGAUGAGCUGGAGUUUGAGAAGGAGGUGAAGAACACAUUCAUCACAGCACUAAUGGAAGUGCAGAACAGGCAGAAGGAGCAACGAGACAGCAGCAAACGCAGACGUCGGGACAAGGCCCUGAGCCUGCAGGCGGGAGGGACGGGGCCUGUGAACGGAGGCAGCCCCAGCUCCACAGGCCAGAAGACGGGGACCAUGCUCGUCAAGCGUUUCAGCAUGGAGGGGCUUUCCAACAUUCUGCAGACAGGCAUCAGACAGACAUUUGGAAGCACAGGGAAUGACAAGCAGUACCUAAACACGGUUAUUCCGUAUGAGAAGAAAAGCACCCCUCCAUCUGUGGAAGACCUGCAAAUGCUCACAAAAAUACUCUAUGCCAUAAAGGAGGACAGUGAGAAGGUGCCUACACUGCUGACUGACUACAUAUUAAAAGUCUUGUGUCCAACCUAAAGCACCACCAAGCCAGAGCUAACAGUAGGAUGGAAAACUCCUUCUCCAAGGGCAUUUCUAACCUUACGCUCCUCUGGUUCAAGCUGCAUGACCUCCCCUCUUUUACCAUUAUCAACCAUGGAUCCUCACCAUCAACAUUAUCGUAUUCACCUCAACUAUGACUACUGCCUUUCGCUGAGCUCACUUCCUCCCUUCCCUGCACAUCAAGCUCAGGCCACAAAAUGACGUCCCUCCGAAUAACAAGUGGAACGGCUGAUUCCCACUUUAACAGACUUCACUAAUGGAGCAUGACAUGCUAUUAAUGAUCACGACACCACUUUGGUGCAGUGAUACAGAGUUAUCGCUGCUUUCUUUUCCUUCAUUAUUUUACUGUGUUUUCUUUUAUUUGUAUUUAACAGACUUUCAUUGUUUCCAGGUUUUUGACUCUUAUUCAUAAUCUGACCUCUUAACCAACGAUGGUUUUGUUCACUGAUUCAUAAGGACUACACUGUCAGACAAAUUAAAUGGCAUACUGCAUCCACACACACCUCCUUGUAUGGUUUCUGAUGAAAAAUGAUUCAUUUGAAUACAAAAGCCAUGCACCUUUAUCUGCCAACUUAGCACUGUAACUGCAUGUGAAUAAAAGGAAACACAAUACUAUUACAGGUGCAGUGCAGUGCAGUGCAUUACAAAGCUUGUUUCUUUACUUUUUCUUUCACUAAUUAUCCAGUGCUCUUCUGACUUUUUCUAAUUUCUUUUUAUGUGUAUCUAAAUAUUUGAUAUGAACUCUGUUUAUUUUGUACUUUUAUUUACUGUGUCAUCAGAGUGACAGGCAUCUGUGCAUUCCACCCUGUUCAGCUCCAUGGAGGCAUAUCACUAAAUUUCCUUGGAUAUCAUCCCUGAUGAAAGAAGCUCAUUUCAAUAAACGUGUGCAUAUUAGCAUAUUUAUGACUUCCUUUGUGUCAUGUAGGUGAAUGUUACAUCGCUAAUUGCAAAUUCUAAUAAACAUUGUACCCUAA